AUGUCAACACAAAAUUUUUCAAUCGAAGAUUUAGCAAUUUCAUUAAUUGAUAGGUUGGAUAGGUGUAAUAUUUUUCCACCACAUUUAAAUAAUCCAGAAAAAUUGAUUUCUUCAUCAAAUACUUUAAACGGUUUAUCAAUAAAACAUCCAAGAAGAUCUCCAAACGCUUUUUUAUUAUGCAGAAAAAAUGUACAUCAAGAAGCAAAACGUAAAGGAACUUGCAAUAUGCGCGUAAUAAGUAAAGUUACAGGAAUUUUAUGGAGGAACGCUUCACCUGAAGAAAAGAGCGUCUAUGAAAGAUUGGCUGAUCGAGUAAAUGAACUUCAUUGUAAAAGGGCUAGUAUAGUGUCUGAUACUCCUCCUUUAACUAAAGUUAAAGAAACUUCUGGUUUUAGACCUUAUUCUAUCCCUUCACAUUUAAAUCCUUCUAUAAAUUUAUUAAAUUCUUCAUUAACUACAUCGAAUCUUCCUUUACCGCUUCCAAUUUCUUCUUAUUCUCCUUCUUCCAUUUCUCAAAUUACUUUAAAUAAUCCUUCUUCUGCUUUUGAUCAAAAAGAUGACUUUUUUUUAAAUAAUUUAAAUAAUUCCACAAAUUAUUUUAACCCUUCCUCAUCAGAUUUUAAUAAUAAUCAGGUUAUUCUUCAUAACAACAAUAAUGAUAAUCAUAUAUUAUCAUAUAUAUAUAAUAAUUAUAUAGUACCUCCUCCUGUAUCUUCGCAUACCUUUUCUAAUAAUUUAUGA